AUGCAAGACGAGAAUUUCUUCCAUGCUGUUAGCAAGACGCUGGAUGGUCUUUUCCGCUUGUCUCGAGCCAUUCGCCGCUCAGGAAUUCUCCGCAGAUACAUGAAAGUCGGAAACCAUGUUGAGUUUGAUGAAGAUGGCGUAAAUCUAACAGAAGCAUUUUGCAAUGGUGCAAAAAUGCUCAUAGAUUUUCGCAUGAAGGAAUCCAAGGCGAGUGAGGGUCUACGGCAACGCAUUAUUGAUACCAUCUGCUUGCGCCAGCAAUACUUUUCCUACCAAAAGACCAGAAAAGCCGAAAACGGCCCAAUUGCAACAAAGACCGACCAGGGCCAUCAAGCAACUCCAAGGUCGGCACUCAGGUCCACAGCCAGCAUCACUGGUUCUCUCACGUCGAAGACACCACGAAAAGCGACAAAGCAAUCACCGCGUAUGCAAAGGGCUCGCCAGUCUAUUAAGACAGCGACAACAGCUCAACCUGAUCGAAUGAAAAAGGCCUACUCUGGCAAUUCCGCCAAUGAGAGGCCAAACCAUGGCGUUGAUUAUAGCGACGCGGAUGUUCCUCCGCCACCAAAGGUAUUCGGCAACAUCAAAGAGUCGGAGUGUCCGUACUGCUUUCUGUUUCAUGAAGACCAGUUCGAAGACGACGAUAUCGACGACAUCGCGGCCGCAUGCUAUCAACAGCUACCCGAGGAUAUUAUGAUUAAGGAAUGUCCAUUCUGUCCUACAGUGCAGAAUGUAGAGCUGGGGCCGAGUGAUAUGAUAAAUCAUAUCGCAUACCACCUUAUUGCGCUGGCACAGAUCUCUCUUGCAGGCCAUAUAGAUGGUGACCAGUCGCAAUCAGCAUGGUCCGAAUCAAAAAGAAAUCCAAGUUCACGCCCGGCCAGUGCAGGAUCUGUUCAGGAACGACUGCACUCAGAGUUCAGAGAUAGCGAUGACCAUGAAGGCCCCACAUUUCUAUCAGACGAGGUAAUCCCAGAUGCAGAUGUCGAGCUGGUUGAUGCGUUGUGGCAGAAAGUUCAAAAACCACAGGAGGAUCCCUCGAGGGAUUUGACACUUCACCACUUCAUCGCUAAAUUUGAAAUUCAAGCGAAGGAGAUCACAAAAGACGUCGCUGGACGUGAGACCUCCAAGGAUUCGGUGAGAUGGGCUACGAUGUCCGAGCCAGACAGCGGUGCGGAUGUACUACAAGCUGCACUUAAUGAAAGUCGUCGAAAGGCUAUUGGGAUUCGUGGCAAGCAGGGAAGCCCCAGGUUAGAUCCCGAGAAUACGGACGAUCAUCAUGUCCCGCCGUUUCUGUGUCAGUCAGUCGCAGAGAUUCACGACAAGUUUGAAGACCUCGAAUGGAUGCAGCGGGUACGACUUACUGAUGGCAUGUUGUCCAACGAUCCUGCCCAUCCCUACUACCUAGAAAGUGAUCCAAAAGUCAAGGCCCGCAAUCGAUAUGUCAAUGUACAGGCAUGGGCCAACUCCCGCAUUCAUCUGCGGGUGCCCGAGGGUGAGUGUGAUUUCAUCAACGCCUCACCGAUCACAUUGAAGGACUCGGCCACACAAGAAAAGAGGAAAUAUAUCGCGACGCAGGGGCCUAAGCUUGGUUAUAUCUCGCACUUUUGGCAUAUGGUCUUCCAUGAAAGUAAAGAUGUGGCUGUUAUUGUCAUGUUGACACAGACUUUCGAGGCAGGUCGGGAAAAAUGUGCACAGUACUUCCCUUUGGACGAUGAGCAGGUUUCUAUGACCCUGACUGAGGAGUCCGCUGAAGACGCCGAUUUAGAGCAGCAACCUGAAACAAUGAUUGAGCCUGCUGUUGUUGAGGAAUCUCAUGCUGAAGAAACUGUAUCCGAGGAAUCUAAAAAGAGGAUUGAAACCACCGUAACCGAGAGGAAGGUUAAGACAGCAGAGGCUGAAGAACCCGCCAUUGUUAGUCGACCCGUUGCUCAACAGAUUUUCACCGAGAAGGCUCCUCGGGAGUCCGCCGAAAUAGUUGCUGCUAAGAUGAAGGUAGAAAUGCCUUCGACUAUUGAGCUUUAUGUUCCGAGUCAGAAAUCGGAGUUGGAACCGAUGGUGACCAAUCAAAGCAGCCCGGUGAGAAUGAGAACUUUCAAGAACAUGGGCAAGGUCACCUUGUUAGAGUCAACAUUUGAUGCCAAGUCACGCUCGGAGAUUCGCAAGCUCCAGCUGACAAUCGGCUCAGAGUCGAAGAUCGUGUGGCAUUUUCUCUUUGCGGGCUGGGCAGAUUAUUCCAAGCCAGAAGGCAACGAUCGCGAGGCGCUCCUUGAAUUGAUAAAAUUAUCAGCUUCCAAAUCGGGGCCUGACAAUCCGCGUGUGGUCCACUGCAGUGCAGGCGUCGGCCGCACAGGAACUUUCAUCGCCCUUGAUUAUCUUCUCCAAGAGCUUGAAUCGGGCCAAUUGCUGCAAGUAGCCGAUCCUGAAACUGACCCUAUCUUUGAAACGGUCAACUUGAUGCGCGAGCAACGCAUGAUGAUGGUUUACAACGAGAUGCAAAUGCAGUUCAUCUACGAGGUACUUCGAGAACAAACGGAUAUCAAACUGGGCAAAGUUUAUGAACAAAAAUAUGGGUCACCUGGGAGCCAGAUAGCUGGAUGA